CAGCUGUCGCAGUUGACAGCAAUCGGUGUCAAACGUCAAUGUUCCGCUUAUUUAUUUAAGAUCAAAAAAAAAUAUUUGGCAAUAUUAGGUUUCGACAUCCCAGAAAAUAGAAAGUAAGAGUUAAAACUUCACUUGAAGCCAUGAAUAAUCCAAUUGAUAUAUUAGAAAAACGAAUUGAAGCUUUGGAAGUCCAGGUGCUGCCCAAGGAAAAAUCCACCUCGGAGAACAAAUGCCAAGCUAUAAGUGAUCUUUUGUUACAAACCCAAACCAUGAUUUCCUCUGCACUGACUUGUCGAGAGGCUAUCACAUCCAUUUUGCAACAUAUGACUACUAUAAACAACUACUUGGAUCCCUGUAAUGGCGAAAAUGAUUUGGAAGUAGAAGCUAAAAGGCACUAUCUUUUAGAAUUAUACCCAGAGCUGAAAGAUACUGUGCAAAUUAUUGGAACAUUCCAAAACCUACUCCCGUACACAAAUUCGGACAACAUUACAAAGAUAACAGAGCUGGCAGAUAAACUAGAACAACUCACUGCUUCUAAUUUGGGUAUUUAUGAAGAGAACAGAGUUGUCACCCAGAAUGUUUUAAAAGCCCUGCAGCAGUACAAUGACAUUUCUACAUCUUUGAAGGUUGUAUUUGCACAACUAGAUAGAGCCAUAACAGAUUUAGAGGUGGCCUUGCAGCCAAAGUUUGUAACUGAAGAAUAAAUAGAGUAAUAUAUUAUAUAUAAGGUAAUAGUAACAUUUUUUUGUAACAUUAAAGCUUAGUUUGUGAUUUUUUUAAUUGUACCUACUCUUAAUGUAGGAUAAUGGAGCAUAUGUCUUUUUUAAUAAAUAGUAAUGUUUUGUA